GGUUUGUUUGAGUUCAGUGGUUAGUGCGAAAUGUUGUUUAAGGCUCAAUUAAUUAUAUUACUGAUUGGACUUCAGUCGUCUUUCUCACACGUCUUAAAACUUGAGGAAAAAGACAGAACAGACAUAAGUGAUAAUAUAUCAGAUAAUCAUGAUAUAUCCAAUGAAAUAAGUGAUGAAUAUUUUAGUGGUGAAAGUUCAAACGAUGAAGAUAUUGAUAAAAACGGUUCUGAUGAAAACAAUGUCGUUACAAAUUACGAAAUUCAGAGAAAAACGGAUAUUAAAAAUUUUCUCUCUAACCCAAUACGCUCAAAGAGGUUUAUAUCAACGCACAAAAGUAAACAACAAAAAACACUUUCUCGCAACAAAGACGACCAAAACCAACAAUUAGAAGAUAACAAAGAAAAGAUCAAGGAAGAAAAAUAUAGAAGAGAAAUUAGUAAAACUAAUGGAAACAGAGGGAAAAGUGCUGUACCACGAUUUAUUACUAGUGGUAUCACUAAAAUACAGGCCAUUAACUACAACGCUUUUAACCACGACAACGGAAGUACCGACUACUACCAAUUUACCUACAGUAACCUCGACACCUUUCACGACAAACGUACCUACAACCACAAAUCCGCCUACAACUUCAACACCAACUACAACUAA